AUGAGCUAAGGAAGCUGUGGACUCAUGAAGAUAACAGACAAUGAAUAGAAGAAAAGACUACUGACAGGUUGGGGAACCACGCGUCAAGACCACAAGGAAACUAACAAUGAGUAAUUGGGUCUGCUCUCCUGGGUGCCCAAAUCCAAACACAGAACAUGCUGUAACAAAGGACCCUCAAAAAGAUCUGGGAAUUGAAAAGUCGCAUUCAUUCUGCAAAACCUUGCCUUAAAAAUUUUAAUUUUUUGCUUUACCACAAUUCCGCAAAUGGAAUGUGUGAUUGCAUGCCUGAGUUCUGCAGUAUCAUCGUUUUCUGAACAUCUUUGUGGCUUGAUCUGCUCCAAAGUUGGGAAUCCCUUCACGUUCAAGUCUAAUUAUAUUCAUCUGCAACAGGAGCUGCAACGUCUAAACGAUCUGAAAUCCACAGUGGACAGGGACCACGAUGAAUCGGUUCCAGGAGUAAAUGACUGGUCGAGAAAUGUUGAAGAAACUGGCUGUAAAGUGAGGCCGAUGCAAGCAAAGAUAGAAGCCAACAAAGAGAGGUGUUGUGGUGGCUUCAAAAAUCUCUUUCUGCAAAGCAGGGAAGUGGCAAAGGCACUGAAGGAGGUACGAAGACUUGAGGUACGUGGAAAUUGCCUUGCCAAUUUGCUGGCUGCCAAUCGUCAAGCAAGAGCAGUGGAGCUUAUGCCUGUGGAAUCAAUUGAUCAUCAGCCAGCAGCAUCCAAAAAUUUAGCCACAAUUAUGAAUCUGCUGAAUGAUGAUGCAGUUAGAACGAUUGGGGUAUGGGGUAAGGGAGGAAUAGGCAAAACUACUCUGGUUAAGAAUUUGAACAACAUGCUUAAGGAUGCUUCUUCAACUACUCCACCUUUUAGCUUUGUCAUAUGGAUCACCCUCUCCAGGGAUUGGGACCUCAAAAGCAUCCAGACACAGAUUGCUCGGAGAUUGAAUAUGAAGGUGAAUACCGAAGACAGCACUGAGAGUCUGGCUGCCAGAUUGUGUGAAAGACUGAAGAGGGAAGAAAAGUUUCUCCUCCUUCUGGAUGAUGUUUGGAAGGAAAUUGAUUUGGAUGCUUUGGGUAUUCCCCGACCUGAAGACCACGCGGCUUGUAAAAUCAUAUUGACUACAAGAUUUUUAGAUGUUUGCCGGGGGAUGAAGACUGACAAAGAGAUUGCCAUUCAUGUCCUAAACGAUGAUGAAGCUUGGAAAUUGUUCUGUAAAAAUGCAGGGGAGGCAGCCAUUUUAGAAGGCGUUGAAACAGUUGCGAGGGCAAUAACUAAGGAGUGUGGAGGAUUGCCCUUAGCAAUAAAUGUGAUGGGAACAUCCAUGCGAAAGAAGACUAGUAAACACCUGUGGGAGUAUGCAUUGAAGGAGCUGCAAAGGUCAGUGCCGCAUAACAUCUACGGGGUAGAGGAUAGGGUUUACAAGCCUUUAAAGUGGAGUUAUGAUUCCUUGCAAGGCGAACUUGUACAAUGCUGGCUGGGGGAAGGGCUUUUAGAUGUAGAUGAACAACAAAGCUAUGAGGAUAUCUACAAAAGUGGAGUUGCUUUAGUUGAAAAUCUCCAGGAUUGUUGCUUGCUGGAAAAUGGUGAUGGUGGCAGAAGCCGCACUGUGAAGAUUCAUGAUGUAGUUCGUGAUGUAGCUAUUUGGAUUGCCUCCUCGGAUGAUAAAUGUAAAUCUCUGGUUCAAUCGGGAAUUGGAUUGAGCAAAAUCCCAGAGUCCAAGUUGACAGAGUCUCUCAAGAGAAUUUCUUUCAUGGAUAAUGAAUUAACAGCGCUGCCUGAUCGUCAGAUAGCUUGCCCAGGGGCCUCCACUUUACUUGUACAGAAUAAUCGCCCCCUUGAGAUAGUUCCCGUGGAAUUCCUGCUUGGAUUUCAAGCACUCAGGGUCUUGAAUCUAAGUGAAACCCGCAUCCAGCGAUUGCCUCUCUCCCUCAUCCACCUUGGUGAACUUCGUGCCCUUUUAUUAAGCAAAUGUGUUAGGCUCAAUGAACUACCCCCUGUGGGGCGGCUUAGUAAACUACAAGUGCUUGAUUGCAGCUACACUAAUAUCAAGGAAUUGCCAGCAGGGCUAGAGCAGCUGAGCAACUUACGGGAAUUAAACUUGUCAUGCACUGAUGGGUUGAAAACCUUCCGAGCAGGAUUGGUAUCAAGGUUGUCUAGUUUAGAGAUUCUAGACAUGAGAGACAGUAGCUAUAGAUGGUGUCCGAAGACAGAGACAAACGAGGGAAAAGCAACACUUGAGGAGCUAGGAUGCCUGGAGCGAUUAAUUGGUUUAAUGGUAGACUUGACUGGCUCCACAUAUCCCUUUUCGGAAUAUGCUCCUUGGAUGAAACGAUUGAAAAGCUUUAGAAUUAGUGUAUCUGGAGUUCCAUGCUAUGUUUGGACAGACCAAUUGUUUUUCAUGAAGGAAGUAUCUGGAGUUCCGUUCAUGAAUAGUUUUAAGAAUGAUGGAAAUUUUGAGGAAAGAGAGGUUCUACUUUCCAGACUGGAUCUGUCAGGCAAAUUGAGUGGAUGGUUGUUAACAUAUGCGACAAUUCUUGUACUGGAAUCAUGCAAGGGGUUAAAUAAUCUGUUUGAUAGUGUUGGGGUCUUUGUUUAUCUCAAGUCACUUUCUAUUUCAUCUUCCAACGUCAGGUUUAGGCCACAAGGAGGAUGCUGUGCCCCAAAUGACCUACUUCCAAAUCUGGAGGAACUUUACCUCAGUUCUCUCUAUUGCCUAGAGAGCAUUUCAGAAUUAGUCGGGACUCUUGGACUCAAAUUCUCAAGGCUAAAAGUGAUGAAGGUGCUCGUUUGUGAGAAACUAAAGUAUCUUCUCUCUUGUGAUGAUUUUACUCAACCCUUAGAAAAGCUGGAAAUAAUUGAUUUACAAAUGUGUGAAGAUUUGAAUGAUAUGUUCAUACACAGUUCAGGGCAGACCUCAAUGUCAUAUCCUGUUGCUCCAAACUUGCGGGAAAUACACUUCAAAAGGCUUCCCAAAUUGAAGACUUUAAGCAGACAAGAAGAAACAUGGCAACAUCUAGAGCAUAUUUAUGUGGAAGAGUGUAAAAGUCUGAAGAAGCUACCUCUGAAUGAGCAAAGUGCAAAUACCUUGAAAGAGAUAAGAGGAGACAUGGAGUGGUGGAAGCAAUUGGAGUGGGAUGAUGACUUUACCAGCUCCACUCUCCAGCCUCUUUUCAAAGGUCCAAGCUACUACUAGUUCUGAAGACAACUUGGAGAAGGUGGUUCAAACACAGCUUCUUCUUAUGGGGCAUAAACCCAGGCAUUGAUCAUGUGAGCUCUCCUGUCACCUAGUACAUCACUCUUCUAUUUCAUUUUCUUUAACAUAUAUAGUUUAUUCUGACGCAUUAAGUGCUGUACAUUUCUCCUUCUUACUUCCACUAUAUCCUUAGCAAAAUACUUUUACCAUGUUUAUAAGGAGUUGAUCGGAUCCUGACUUAUAGAGAUCUAUAAUUAGUAUUCAUUACCUCUA